AUGAGAAGGAGUGAAGAAAAGGAAAGGCGGUGGAAGAUUGAGGCACCCAAUAAUGCUCAAAAUGUAAUAGACAUCCAUCUAUCUGUCUCUAUCUGUCUCAUGUGUCUUGUGGACCCGCCCUUUCUUCCAACCAGCGGCGCCAUUAGUCUUUACUUAGUUUCCAAGCUCACCCACCCCUUUUUAUCUCUCUCCGAUCCCACACCCAUUCUCCAUAUAUACCACAAUAAACCCUUUCUCCCUUCUCUUCUCCUUCUCAACUUUCUCUCCUCCAUCUCCUUUAUUUUAAUCCAAAACCCAAUCAUACACUCGCUCGGGAUUGGUUAUUCUAAGAGAUAA